UUGAAUAAACAUAAAAUGUGUUACUGUAUUAAAAGAUAUAUUUUUUUUUAUCUUUUAAUUUAUUACAUAAAUUUUAUAUUAAUUGUUAUUGCAAGCAAAGAAUUGCUUGAAUUUUCUGAACCAUCAAAAUGUAAAAAUAAUGAACAUUUUGAUAUUGUGACACUUUCUUGCAUAGAAUGUGAUGUUAACAAAAACCUAAAGCCAUCUGACGAUCGAUUACGAUGUAUUUGUAAUAAAUUUAGUAAAAAAAUUGGUUUCAAAGAUGGUUAUCCUAUAUGUAUAUCUUGUGGCAUUAAUGCUACAGUAACAUCAGACGGAAACGAUUGUAUAUCAUGUAACAAUGCAACAUGCAUAUGUUCUUCUAAUGAAAUACAAGUAGAUAGAAAUUUAGAUGGAACAUUAUUAGAUGCUAUGUAUUGUAUUUCAUGUGUAAAUAAUACUUAUCCAUUUUUGGCUGGAUCUAAAUGUUUACCCUGCACAAAUUUUGAAUAUAAUUAUUAUGAAAAUGAUACAUAUUUUACAAAGUAUUAUUAUACAUUGAUACAGAAUUACUGUUUAUAUAAAAAUCCUUUUUUUGAUAAACAAAAUUCAAAAAUUACAUUACAAAUGAAAUUUAAGAAUCAACAUAUAAAUAGUUAUUAUUUGAGAAAUGAACUUGAAAAAGUUAUAUAUUUUUGUAAGAAAGAAGAUAAAUUAGCAUGUGAACAUUUAUCAAAUAUAUGUGUUUUAAGUCUUUAUGUUAAUGAUAUUGCAUGCAAAUUUUUUAUGAAGAAACAAAAAGCAUCUAUAUGGUUAUUUUAUAAUAAAAAUGAAACUACAACUAUAUUAAAUAGUAAACAAAUUACACAAAAUUACAGUUUUAUGAAAGAAAGCAAUGAUAAUAUAUUAAAUUUUACAAUUGUUACAUUUUCUUUACAUGGUAAUUUGAAAUUCAUUGGUAAACCUAAUAUGCCAUGCAAUUUGUUGGAACAUGUUAGAUUUGGUAUUGACUUUGAAAAAAAAUGUAAACUUUCAAUUAAAAAUUUAAUGCAAACAAAGAUGGAAUUUAUGUAUCCAUAUUUAACAUUUACAAAAAAUAACAAUAAUUUAAUGUAUGCAGUACCUAUACUUAUUAAAAAUAUUAAUCAAGAUUAUAAUAAAAUGUCAAAUUGGCAAUUAGUACGAAAAUUUUUUUUUGUUGACAACAUUGGUAGUUUGAAAAGAUUGUCAAAUUUCACAACAAAUGAAAUUGAUGAAAAAGCCAAUAAAUUAUAUGUAUUACGUUAUAUGAAAUCACUAAAUAUAAUAAUUAAUGUUCAAAAUACAAAAGAUAAAAAUAAAAUAUUUCCACCAUUAUUAAUUAUUGAAUAUGCUGAUUUAAUAUAUGAACAGAUUGAUAAAAUAGUAGAAAUUACAUUAGAAUAUAAAAUUAAAUUUAUUGUAAAAGAUAAUAAUAUAGAUUCAUAUUUUAUGAUAAUUAUUGGAAUUUUGUUAGUAUUGGCUUUACCAUUAUCAGGAAUAAAAACAUGGAAUUAUAUUAAACAACAUCAUACUUCUUCAAUUAAUAUAUUUGUAGUUAUUUGGUUUUUUAUUUACACUAUAAGUAUUAUAGGAAAUAUAAUUAUUUUAUGCUUAAUCAUUUUAUGUUUAUAUCUAUUUAUGUUUUAUAAAGGAAAAACAAUACCAUGUAUUUUUUUUCCUGAAGAUGUUAAUGAAAAAAUGAUAAAAACAUUUACAGUAAUAGCAUUUUUUUCUAAAUUUAUAGAAAUACUUGGAUUUAUUUGUCAGUAUUGGAAUAUUGAUAUAUUUUUUAUCGAUUGGGAACAACCAAAGAUAAUAAAUAAUCAAUGUAAACACGAUCUUCCAUAUUUAUCUAUAAAUGAGUUUUAUAUCAAUAAAUUUUCUAAAAAUAAAAAUUUUCACAUGACAUCAGAAAUAAUAACAGCCAAACGCAAAAAAAUAUUAUAUAAAUUAAAGAAAUAUGAAAAUCCUAAGAAUUUUAAUAAAUCUUUUUCAGUUGACAAACAAAAAACUGAAAAUUCAAUAUCAAAAAUUUCUACUCAAAUAAUGAAUAAAGAUAGCAAUUUUGAUAAUUUACCUAUUAGUAUUUGGAGAACAUAUUUCAUUGCAAAUAAAUGGUUAAAUCUUCAAACAAAAAGAAAAAUAAAUAUUAUGAUACAAUUACUUGCUGUUCUAUGUACUUUUCAGAUAAUACAAUUGUGUCCAUGGAUUGUUGGAAUACCAGAAUUAACAUUUAUACUUUCUGAAAACAAUUAUGAUUUUAUUUUAUACUAUACAAUAUGUACCUUAAUAUAUAUUUUAAUUUAUUGUAUUCACUGGUUGGUAUCUAUUAUAUUUUUUGAACAAUGUAUUAUAAACAGAAUGCAAAAAUUUGUAAAUUUAUGUUCAAUUGCAAAUAUUAGUGUAUUUAUUUUACCAUUUAAUUAUUAUGGUUUCUAUAUUCAUGGAAGAUCAGUGCAUGGAUUUGCAGAUACAGAUUUACCUACUUUAAUUAAUAAUUUGCAAAUGGAAAAAAAUAAUUUAUGUGCACACAGAGGUCUUGUUCCAGGCACAACUCAACAAACAUUUAUAUUAUACUUAACAAAAACUUUCAGAAUUACUUUCAACAAAAACUUAAAACUGACAAACAUUAAACGACAUAAUUUUAUAAAUAAUUUCUAUUCUGCAACUACAAAUUGGGAAUAUAUAUUUAAUAAUCAAUUGAAAAUAAAACAGUUCUUAUGUAAAUUUAUAGAUCAUUGCAUAAAAAAUGAGGAUUACAUUAUUAAAGAACAGCAUUUCUUAGAGAAAUUAUUCAAUAUAUUUUUUUACAAUGAAGAGAAAUCAACUUUCUAUAUUGAUAACAAUUAUUCUUUUAAUCAAGUAUUAUUAUAUGGAAAUGAAUGGUUAUUUGCAACAUUUGAAAUUUCAAUAUUUACUCUCAUUAUUGUGUUGUAUAAUAAUAGCACAUUAGCUAUUGUAGUAACAAUAUUAGUAUCAAUACUAUUAACUCUAAUAAUGAAACAAAGUGGUAAAAAAAAUAUAAGCAAUCAUAUAUUAUUAAAUAGAAUA